AUGCGCACAGCGUGUAUCAUUGCCCUCGCCGCCGUUGCUCCUCGCGCAGUUCGAGCCUGGAGCUUUGCAUUCACGAGCAAACCAACACAAUGCGGGAGACUUACAGUGACUGUAGACGGCGGCUCACCCCCCUAUCAUAUUGUCAUGGUCCCCAGUGGUCCUCUUCCAAACGGCCAACAGGAAAUACGGACCAUUGUCGAUCAGCAGUUUGACUCUUCUCCUUAUACACUUCCUCCUCUUAAUUUCCCAGGAAACUCCAACUUUACAACCAUCGUCGGCGACUCGAACGGCGUAGGAACCGGAGGAACAAGCGUCAUCACAGACGUUGCAAGUUCUAACAACGACUCGUGUCUCAGCACCACACAAACGACUCCUCUCUUCUACCUUAUACUGCCGAAUAACCCCACCCUUACACAAUGCGGCUCUAUGGACAUUACAUUCUCGGAUAGUGCACAAGGACAGGUCUCUCUCAUGGCGGUCAUUCCAGGCGGAGAGUCCUUCUCUAUCCCAGUCCCAAACGGUCAAAGAAGCACCACUUGGUCCCCCAUUCGCGUUCCAGCAGGUACAGGUCUCAUGUUUGUUGCUGGAGAUCAGCGAGGGAGAGGUACAGGCGGAAGUUCGUACCUGAUGGUCGUACAGGGUGGAUCAGACGACUGCCUCAAGGAUGGCCAAGAGGUCUACUCGGCUACGCCUUCACCCUAUGCCGGUGGUCAAUACGCAACUGGAUCAGGAGGAGGAACGGUGACGGGACCAUGGCAGAAUGGACCUUCCGGAACGACACCCCCAAGUGGAUCCAACACUUCCGCCAGUCACAAGAGGCGAACUGGGAUCAUUGCAGGCGUUGUAUGUGGUGUUCUUGCCAUUUUGGUUCUUUGCGCUGCUAUCUAUCUUUGGCGGCGUCGCCGAGCAAGAAAAGAAAGACAAUACGGCGGCACAAAAGAGGUCGAUCUCCUCCGUUCCGAACGACCAGUGGUCAAUUUUGACACCGUUGGAGCCGAGCCGAUUCCUUAUUAUAGCUCGAAUAAUGCUCCCAGCGCCACUGCCAACUCUCGUCCAACGACAGGCGGCGCAGCUGCAAACGGCCACCGUCCCUCGACGUCUAUUAGUACGACAAACGCCGGUGAUAGGCAAUCGACUGCCUCGCACGACCCGCUCGUUCCACCCUCAGCAUGGAACAAUCACGCUCAGCAUCACUCGCCGUAUCACCGCUCUAGCACGCCAUCCGGCACUGGAUACCAGAAUGAUGGAACCGAUAUGACGAGCACGGGUGCCAGCAGCGAUUAUCAAACCAACUCGCCCACCCAUCUGUCGGCGCCAGCGGCAGGAACAUUUGCGGGCGCAACUCGACAAGAUGUCAAGAAUCCAGAGGGACCUGGUUCCGGUGGCUUGCGUCCAGUCAAUGUCAUCCAGCACCAGGACGCUGGUGGUGUACCCCCGACGAACGAGCCGGAAGAGGUUGUCGAACUUCCACCUAGUUACAACGAGGUUCGACGAAUUGAAGGAGGUCCAAGCCCCUGA